CCGUCGUCGUCGGACAUUAUCACACUCGAGUCUGGCGGCAAGCUUUAGCCUCGCCGCCCAGCCUUGCCCCACGGACCCCCCGACAUCAGACCGCUUCCCGACCCUGUUGGAAGGCCGCAGCCCCGAGCCCGCGCGCCGCACAGUUGUUCUGGCGCAAUUUGACGGGACCGCAACUGGCGCAGUGAUAUGAACGCUGCUGUGCUACGCGGCAAGCCAUCUUGUCCCGCCAUACCCCUCCCCCUCCCUCCUCCCCCUGUCCCUGUCAGGUACACGUCCGAGUUCCACCAGUCAUCAUGUCGGGCAUGUACGAGGUAAACCAGAUUGCGGCGGCGUCGCUGGGCGCCGACCCCGUUACGACCGAGGCCAUCGCGACUGCGUUCGGUCUUCUGCACGUACUGCAGGUGUACACUUCUGCAAUGAUGGCCGUCGCAGUAUGGGACUGGCUAGUAUGUCUACAAGUCGAGUGGGAAGUCAUCUGGAAAUCCCGAUGGACAUCGAUCAAGUGUCUAUACCUAUGGACAAGAUACUACGGUCUUAUUACCUAUGCGCUCUGCCUCUGGCUGUUCAACGCCAAUUUCACCGUCGGGCAAUGCAAGACGCUCCAUUUCCUCAUCGCCGCGACAUGCAUGUGGGUCACCCUGGGAUCCGAGGCGAUCCUCGCCAUGCGCACACACGCGUUCCUCGGGCGCAAGCGGUGGACGGCGAUCUUGUUGUCUGCCAUGCUGCUCGGCGAGACCGCGUUCCUGCUCUUCGUCUCCAUUUCGGGUGUGCACCAGACCAUCCUCCCCGUCGUCACGCGGGGCCCCUGUACCGCGAGCGACGCACCGGGCAAGCACAUCGUGUCCGGCUUCUGGCUUGCGCCCGUGGCGUUUGACCUUUUCUGCACGUUCCUCACGCUUUGGAAGCUGACCACCAUGCACGCGCGCGGCUCGCACCUCGUGAAGAUCUUCGUCACCGAGGGUCUCAUAUACUUCAUCGCCGUCGCCGCCGUCAACAUCCUCAACGCCAUCUUCAUGUUCCAGUCGAACGUGAACAUCCAGAACAUCAACAGCUUCCUCGCGCUCAUCCUCUCGCAAGUACUCUGCUGCCGCCUCGUCCUCAACCUCCGCGCGCGCGGCCGCGCCGGCGCCGUGCACACCUCCGAGGGCCCGAUCGGCACCUCGAACACGAAGGGCACGAUGCCCGUGUUCGCGCACCCGGGCGGCACGCGCGGGCCCGUCGAGACCGGCUCCGACACGGUCAACAUCCCGCUCGAGCGCUUCAACCGCCCGUACGACGAGCUCAGCUACGAGCACGAGCAGGGCGUGAAGGUGCACGUGUCCGUCGAGCGCGACGUCGAGAGCCACUGAGCCGCUCCGCACACGCGCACCUGCGAGAGGCCGCCCAAGUGCGCGCCCGCAGGAAAAUGUUUUUAUGGGGCGCGGGCGCCGUCACGGUGCCGCGCCCUGGUCGGAUGCGUAUAGACUAUCCGUUCGUUAAUGUACGCUUUUUUCCACGCGUGAAAUGCGAUACUUCUACAUUCGUUCGCAUAUGCGUGCCGCGGACUGGGCGUUGAGCGGUGGGGAAUGGUGUUUCAAUACUCGGAGAGUUACAUGCGAGUAGGGAGACAUGUAAGUACACAUUCGAAGUACGCCGUACUUGGGCCCCGAGAUCGGUGUGCGCGUGCUGACUGAGUCUUCCUGUACCUCGAGCCGCGAGUCGCCUUGCCCUUGGAAGGCUGCGAAUACGUCCGAGGCUGGGUCCUGGAUCCUUUCG